CUUCAGAAGAGAAAAUAUCAAGCAUCUUCAAUACAUUUCUUAGCCUCUCAUUCUGAUGCGUCUUUUAAACGUAUCAUGGAAAUAUUCAUAUGAACUCAUUUAUCUUUCUGGUUCCACAAUCCUCUUCGGAAUUUUCAAAAAAACUUUUAAUAACUUCCAUCUCACUAGCUCUUAAUAAAUUUGUAGUUUUACUCUUUUCUCAGUUGGUUGCAAAUACUGGUUGAGCUACAGGGUGAUAUCUUCUUCUUUCAGAGCCAGUAAUUUAUCUGAAGUUGCAAAGGUGGAGGUCUGCCAAGUGGUAGCUCACAAACAAGCUUAAUCUUGUAAGUUACAGAAAUGGCUCUGGGUCCGAUUAAGAAGGUUGUCUUAGGUUCAGUUGCCUUCGCUGUCUUUUGGAUUUUGGCAGUUUUCCCAGCAGUUCCUUUCUUACCCAUUGGAAGGACAGCAGGUUCCAUCCUCGGGGCAAUGCUUAUGGUUAUCUUCGAAGUCAUCACCCCUGAGCAAGCAUAUUCUGCCAUCAACCUCCCUGUACUGGGCCUUCUCUUUGGAACCAUGGUUGUAAGCAUCUAUCUUGAAAGAGCAGACAUGUUCAAGGACUUGGGAGUCUUGUUCUCAUGGAAGAGUUGGGGUGCGAAGGACAUGCUCUGCCAGAUCUGCGUUGUUUCUGCCAUUUCAAGCGCUCUGUUCACUAAUGACACCGCAUGUGUCUUUCUCACUGAGUUCAUAUUAAAGAUUGCUAGACAAAACAAUAUUCGACCCGAACCUUUCUUGCUUGGGUUGGCUUCAAGUUCGAAUAUUGGAUCCUCUGCAACUCCAAUCGGCAACCCUCAAAACUUGAUAAUUGCUAUUCAAAGUGGCAUCUCUUUUGGGGAAUUCGUAUUGGGACUUCUUCCCGCAGUGCUUGUGGGUGUCUUUGUGAAUGCUUUAAUUCUUAUAUGCAUGUUUUGGAGGUUGUUAUCUGAUGUUAGGGAAGAAGAAGAUGCAUUGGAUGAAUUGAUUGUUCAGGAAGAUUCAGAGUCCGGGCCGCAACAGUCCACUGAAGAAAGUAAAGGCCUGAUGAAUAGAUGGGAAAGAUUGUCAAGGAAGUUGUGUAUUUACCUUGGUACUGUUGGAAUGCUGGUUGCUUUUCUAUUGGGUUUGAACAUGUCUUGGACAACACUCACAGCAGCCCUCAUUUUUAUGAUUCUUGAUUUCAAAGAUGCAGGGCCUUGCCUAGAGAAGGUAAAUCAACAGGUUUCAUAUUCUGUUCUGGUACUCUUUUGUGGAAUGUUUAUCACGGUCGAUGGCUUCAAUAGAACAGGAAUUCCUAGCAGUUUCUGGAACUUGAUGGAGCCUCAUGCACGGAUCGAUCAUGCUAGUGGGAUUGCUGUGCUGGCCAUUGUAAUACUUGUUCUCUCAAAUGUUGCUUCGAAUGUACCUACCGGUAAGUUGAUGCCCUGAUUCUCUUCCUUUGAUUUAACAACAGCGCUGCCGGGGGGG